AGGGUGGAAACCCACCUGCCUGAAGGAGUUUUGUUCCUUUCCCUGUCGGUACGCUCGGUGCGUUUCGUCUGGUCCUCGCCCUCGCUGCGCAUGCUGCUCUGCAGGGUUGUAUUUUAGUUGACGAAAAAUCGGAAAGGAAGCUGUCAUGUUUUCCUCCACUUCUUCCAGAUGAACGAAGGACCAAUUCUGUCAAAUUGAGCGUUCUUGGUACAAGACAAUACUAUAUAAAGCCGUGACCUCCUUCCAAAAUGAGGAAUACUUUUCGACUACAGCCCAUCUUUUUACAUACAGGGAGUAUAAUGAACACUUGUUUUUCGGUGUGAUGGGUGUGCGUGUGUAUACCUACAAAAGCAUUGUUACUAGGGCCAAAAGAAGGCAGGGCCUGUUGGUAGCAUGAUGUGCUUUUCCACGUAUGUACAGGCAAUGAAGCUAGACUUCAUAACUACUGUCAGUUGAAGGGAGGAGGAAUCUUUAUUUUAUUUAUUUAUUUAUUUUUAAAAAAUAAAUGGCCGCACCGCAUGGCAGGCUGUUAUCGCUGACAGGUAUCCAACCUGCGCCCCCUGCAGUGGAAGCGCAGAGUCUUAAUCACUGGACUGCCCGGGAAGUCCCAGGAAUCUUUUUGUAAAGAUAAUAAAUGGCCUACUAGGAAAAUGAAAACUAUGUUUGCAUAGCAAACGUUUUCAUUGAUACUUAAGAAGGGUUAGAGAAUUCUUACAUGAAAAUGUACAGAAUUUGUUGGACAUAAACCUGAUUUAGUCGAAACAAUGUCGAAUGGCAUUUUCGAAUUUGCCUAAAUUUUCAUAACCCUUUUUUCUUUCAGCAUCCUGUAGGGAACUAGAGAUGUUGAAAAGAAAGCAGAGUGGGGACCUGAACCAUUGACUUGUGUUUGGAAGAGUCUUCUCAUUUAAGCAGAAGCAAAUUUGUGGAAACAAAAGAGGAAAGAGGAUAGAAACAUUUUCUCUACUAAGAUUCCAAAGCAUCUCAUUUAAUUUCCUGCCAGUUUUUUCCAAUAAGGAAAUGGAGUCUGGUUCCUCAGACUACUAUAAUAAAGACGAUGAAGAAGAAAGUUUGCUGGCAAAUGUUGCUUCCUUAAGACAUGAACUGAAGAUAACAGAAUGGAGUUUGCAGAGUUUAGGGGAAGAGUUAUGUAGUGUUAGUCCAAGUGAAAAUUCUGAUUAUGCCUCUAAUCUCUCAAGGUCUGAAAGGCUCGUUCUGGAAGAUCUUUCUCAGCCUAGCCAGCUUGGACUUUUGAAUUACUCACCUUAUAAAAAAGUUUGUAAAAUGCCCAAUAGUGGUACUGAUUUUCAAAAAAAGCCAAGAGAAAAGAUGUCUUUUUCAUCUUCUACCCCUGUGAAUCAGGAAAUCAGAAGUCUUCGAGAGAAACUUAAUAAACUUAGGCAACAGAAUGCUUGUUUGGUCUCACAGAAUCAUUCUUUAAUGACUAAAAUAGAAUCUGUCCACUUUGAAUUGACACAGUCAAGAGCAAAAGUUUCUAUGCUUGAAUCUGCUCAACAACAGGCAGCCAAUGUACCAAUCUUAGAAGAACAGAUUAUAAAUUUGGAAGCAGAAGUUUCAGCCCAAGAUAAAGUUUUGAGAGAGGUAGAAGAUAAAUUAGAGCAGAGUCAGAAAAUGGUGACUGAAAAGAAACAGAGUUUGCAGAAGUCCCAAGAGGAAUGUAUAAAGCUGAAGGUAGACUUACUUGAACAAAGUAAACAAGGAAAGAGAGCUGAACAACAAAGGAAUGAAGCACUAUAUAGUGCUGAAGAGCUAAGUAAAGCUUUCCAACAUUAUAAAGAAAAAGUGGCUGAAAAACUGGAAAAGGUUCAAGCUGAAGAAGCAAUGUUAGAGAAAAAUCUAAUUAACUGUGAAAAAGAAAAUAAAAGGCUACAGGAAAAGUGUGGUCUAUAUAAAAAUGAACUUGAAAUUCUGAAAGAGAAAUUAAGGCAGUUAAAAGAAGAAAAUAAUAAUGGAAAAGAAAAAUUAAAGAUCAUGGCUGUGAAAAAUUCAGAAGUCAUGGCACAACUAACUGAAUCUAGACAAAGUAUUCUUAAGCUAGAGAGUGAGUUAGAGGAUAAAGAUGAAAUACUUAGAGAAAAAUUUUCUCUGAUGAAUGAAAACCGAGAAUUAAAAGUUCGUAUUGCAACACAGAAUGAGAGACUGGAUUUGUGUCAGCAAGAAAUAGAAAGUUCAAGGGUGGAACUGAGAAGUUUGGAAAAAAUUAUGUCCCAGUUGUCAUUAAAAAGAGAAAUGUUUGGUUUUAAAUCAUCUCUGUCUGAGCACCAGAUGAGUAUUUUGUCAAACAAGGAAGACAGUUACGUUGGCUGCUGUGAGACAAAUAAAAUGGUGAUUUCGGAAUUGAGGAUUAAGCUUGCAGUGAAAGAGGCAGAAAUUCAAAAGCUUCAGGCAAACCUGACUGCUAAUCAGUUAUCUCACAAUCUUAUUGCUUCUCAUGACAACCAAGAAAGCGGCAAAUUAAAUAGGUUAGAAACAGAACCUGUAAAACUAGGAGGUAAUCAAGUAGAAAGUAUAAAAGAUCAAAAUCAACAUACUGUGAACAAGCAAUAUGAAAGAGAAAGGCAAAGACUUGCUUCUGGAAUAGAAGAAUUACGUGUUAAGUUGAUGCAGAUAGAAGCUGAGAAUUCUGAUUUGAAGGUUAACAUGGCCCACAGAACUAGUCAGUUUCAGCUGAUUCAAGAGGAGCUGCUAGAGAAAGCUUCAAACUCUAGCAAACUUGAACGUGAAAUGACAAAGAAAUGUUCUCAACUUUUAACUCUAGAGAAACAGCUAGAAGAAAAAAUAGUUGCUUAUUCCUCUAUUGCUGCAAAAAAUGUGGAACUAGAAGAGGAACUUAUGGAAAAGAAUGAAAAGAUUAGAAGUCUAGAAACCAGUAUCAAUACAGAGCAUGAGAAAAUUUGCUUAGCUUUUGAAAAGGCAAAGAAAAUUCAUCUUGACCAGCAUAAAGAAAUGGAAAAGCAGAUUGAAAGACUUGAAUAUCAACUAGAGAAAAAAGAACAACAAUUUAAAGAACAAGAAAAGACUAUAUCCAUGUUGCAGCAAGAUAUAAUAUGUAAACAACAUCACCUUGAAUCACUAGACAGACUCUUGACGGAAAGCAAAGGGGAAAUGGAAAAGGAAAAUAUGAAGAAAGAUGAAGCUUUGAAAACGUUACAGAACCAAGUAUCUGAAGAAACAAUCAAGGUCAGACAACUAGAUUCAGCAUUGGAAAUUUGUAAGGAAGAACUUGCUUUGCAUUUGAACCAAUUGGAAGGAAAUAAAGAAAAGUUUGAAAAACAGCUAAAGAAGAAAUCUGAAGAAGUAUAUUGUUUACAGAAAGAGCUGAAGAUUAAAAAUCACAGUCUUCAAGAGACUACUGAGCAAAAUGUUAUUCUGCAGCAUACUCUUCAACAACAGCAGCAAAUGUUACAACAAGAAACAAUUAGAAAUGGAGAGCUAGAAGACAUUCAAACUAACCUUGAAAAACAGGUAUCAAAACUUGAGCAAGAGCUUCAGAAACAAAGGGAAAGUUCAGCUGAAAAGUUGAGAAAAAUGGAGGAAAAAUGUGAAGCAGCCACAUAUGAUGCAGAUAUAAAAAGGCAAAAAGUUAUUGAGCUUACUGGUAUUGCCAGGCAAGUAAAACUUGAGAUGGAUCACUACAAAGAAGAACUGUAUAAAAUGGAAAAAGAAAUAAAACACCUAAAACGAGAUGGAGAAAAUAAAGCAAUGCAUCUCUCUCAGUUAGACAUGAUAUUAGAACAGACAAAGACAGAACUAGAUAAGAAAACAAACUCUGUGAAGGAGUUAGAAAAGUUACAGCACCACACUGAAACUGAACUAACAGAAGUCUUGCAGAAACGGGAAGUACUAGAGACUGAACUACAAAAGGCUCAUGGAGAAUUAAAGAGUACUUUAAGACAACUCCAGGAAUUGAGAGAUGUUCUACAGAAGGCUCAGUUAUCAUUAGAGGAAAAAUACACUACUAUAAAGAAUCUCACAGCUGAACUUAGGGAAUGCAAGAUGGAGAUUGAAGACAAAAAGCAAGAACUCCUUGAAAUGGAUCAGGCACUUAAGGAGAGAAAUUGGGAGCUAAAGCAAAGAGCAGCUCAAGUUACACAUUUGGAUAUGACUAUUCGUGAGUACAGGGGAGAAAUGGAACAGAAAAUAAUUAAAUUAGAGGGUACUCUGGAGAAAUCAGAAUUGGAACUUAAAGAAAGCAACAAACAGAUAGAAGGUUUGAAUGAAAAAUUGCAAAAUGCCAAAGAACAGCUUCGAGAAAAAGAGUUUAUAACACUACAAAAUGAACAGGAGAUAAGUCAACUGAAAAAAGAAACUGAACGGACACAAGAAAAGAUGAAAGAAAUGGAAAGUGUUAUGAAAGAUCAGGAACAGUACAUUGCAACUCAGUACAAGGAGGCCAUAGAUUUGGAGCAAGAAUUGAGGCUAACUCGGGAGCAGAUGCAGAACUCUCAUACAGAAUUGGUGGAGGCUCAUCGUCAACAAGUCCAAGCACAGAGAGAAGUAGAAAGGCUGUCAAGUGAACUGGAGGAAAUAAAGCAACUCUCUAAAGAGAAAGAAGCUCAUGGAAAACAUUUAGCUGAAGAAUUGGGGGCUUCUCAAGUACACGAAGCUCAGUUAGAAGCAAGAAUGCAAGCAGAAAUCAAGAAACUGUCAGCAGAAGUAGAAUCUGUCAAAGAAGCUUAUCAUCUAGAGAUGAUUUCACAUCAGGAGAAGCAUGCAAAGUGGAAGAUUACUGCUGAUUCUCAAAAGACUUCUGUUCAGCAACUAAAUGAACAGUUAGAGAAAGCAAAACUAGAAUUAGAAGAAGCUCAGGACACUGUAAGCAAUUUGCAUCAGCAAGUCCAAGACAGGAAUGAAGUAAUUGAAGCUACAAAUGAAGCAUUACUUAUUAAAGAAUCAGAAUUAACCAGAUUGCAAGCCAAAAUUUCUGGACAUGAAAGGGCAGAAGACAUCAAGUUUCUACCAGCCCCAUUUACAUCUCCAGUAGAAAUUGCUCCUGAUAUUCAAGAUUCAAAAUUUGCUAAGCAUUCUCACACAGCUUUCUUCAAGUGUAGAAAACUACGUCGCUCUAUUAGUGCCAGUGACCUUAGUUUCAGAACUCGUAGUGAUGAAGAUCUUUCUGAAGAAUUACUGCAGGACUUAAAAAAAGUGCAAUUGGAACAACCUUCAACAUUAGAAGAAAGCCAGAAGGAUCUGACUUAUACCCAGUCAGACUCAUUUAAACCUCUCCCAUAUGACCUAGAAGAUGAUAGUUCUGAGAAUAAUGACUUCAGUACUCUUAGUGGAAUGCUAAGAUAUAUAAACAAAGAAGUGAGACUAUUAAAAAAGUCUUCUAUGCAAACAGUUGCUAGUUCAACUCAGGGAGAAAAUUUGUAAUUAAAAGAAGAUGUUGAUGUGAUGAAAACUGGAAUUUCUGAGUUUUAGCUGGGCCAGUGGCCAGACACUGUAUUUCCCAGCCUCUCCAGUGACUAAGUUCUCAUCAGAAGACUACAAGCAGAAAUGUGUAAAACUUCAGGUGUGGGCAUUAAAAUAUUACAUACUUGCUCCUCCAAGGUCUUUUCCUUUCUCUAGAGCUGGAAUUGCCUGCAACCCAACUUCAGUCAUAUAGAUCAAGAAGACACCAUAGGAGAUGGCAUAAAAACAAUAUAGAAAGGACCUGCAUACCUAUGUGACCUGGAGCACUUUCCUUGGACUAUUACAUGAGAGAGAAAUAAAAUUCUGUCUUUUUAAGCAACUGAAUUUUGAGGAUCUCUUUGUAAAGUAGCUUAACCUUACCCUAAUUUUACACCAUUGCCUAAAAAGUCUUUGUAUUAAUCUUUAUCUCCACUUGGAUCAAAUCUUAACUACUUCUCUUAAGUCUGUCAUGACACCCACACACAGAUACAUAUUUAGCAGGUGACUUUACCUCCUGCUUCAAAGAAUGAAUGGCAGCCAUCAGAAUAGAAUUCCUACAAUUUCCUGCUCCUACAUUUACAAACUUAAUCUGCACUCUUUGUCAUCUGAGUGAAGUCUAGGUUUCCCUUUAGGUAAUCUGUUUACCUGUAUUUUGGAUCCCUUUCUGUAUCCUCAGGGACUUUCCUUCAUCAGUUAUCUCCUCUCAUCUCUACUGUCAGUCUUCUCCUGUGCACUAGCUUUUUCUCAUCAACAGUAAACAUAUCCAAAUCUCGCCUAACCUAAAAAAGAAAAAUCUUUUCCUCAAUCCCACAUCCUCAGUCUAGCUACCCAUCUUGUCAUGCACUUACAUGGCCCAGAUUCUUGAAAGAGUUUAUUAAACUAGCUGCUUUCGUUUCAUUUCCCCUCCCUUCUCAUAUGCCUGCAAGAAAUCUAGCUUUUGGGGGCGUUUCC